AUGGCUUCCAAGGCUUCCAAAGCGCCGUAUGUGCCAAUUCCAAAGGGCGAAGCGCUGACCAUUGUGCUCGGUGCAUACGUCCCCGCCCUUCUUCUCUGCCUCUAUGGCCGCCUUCCAGAAUCCGUCGCGAGCUUCUAUGCCGCGCAUCCACUGGAGCUUAUUGCGGGCACUUUCUGUCUACCCAUGCUGGGCAUAAUGUACUUGCAUCCCCGCUCGCCCCUGCGAUUGGCCAUCAUUCCGAUCGUUGCCCUGGGCUACUUCGCGUACCGCACCGCGGUGCCUCGCUUCAUCGAGAACAGGUCACGAGCCAGUUUCCCGGAAGGCCCAUUCUAUCUUCUGUUUCUCACGGCGAUCGAUGCGCUGGUACUGCGCCGCAUCUACCUCGGCCAGGAUGGCAAGGAAAAGUCCGAGCGUCUCGUAAGUCGGGGAGACAGCAAGACCAAAGCCAAUGCGCAAGACACGAGCGGGAUCCUGUCUUGGAGAGCAAUUGGAUGGGCGCAUAAAGUUGUGUUCAGUUACCGUGCUAUCGGCUUGCCGAAGCAGACGCCCAAUAUUCCAAAGUGGUCCAACAAAGACCCCAGCUACGUGCCUUCUAGAACAGCUUUCCUCGUCAAGCGAGGUCUUGCUGUCGUGGGCGCAUUUUUGGUCAUUGACUUCCUCGGCCAUCAACCUAAGCCUGAUCCUGAGGUCUUCUCAGCAGAGAAAGCUUUGCUGUUCCCACCUGCGCAUGCACUCGAUAGCGCGACCAUUGGCGCGCGCGUCUUCAGCACCGUGCUCUGGUGGACGAUUCUGCGCCUCAACAUUGGGUUGUUUUACAACCUCUUCAGCUGGUUUGGUGUAGCGACGUUCCUCACAUCGCCCGCCGACUGGCCGCCCUACUUUGGCAGCGUGUUCGAUUCGUACAACCUGCGGAGGUUCUGGUCGGUAUUUUGGCACACCGGUCUGCGGAACCCGCUCAGCAGCACCGCCAACUUCUUCGCCUACGAUGUGUUUCGCCUGCAGAAGGGGUCCUUAUUCGGCCGCUACACCAGUGCUUACUUGACGUUUGCGCUAUCCGGGUUGGUCCACACAUUGAUGGACAAUACGGCGGGUAUUCCGCUCGCGAAGAACACGGCGUGGAAACUGUUUGUGACGUCGGCGAUUGGUAUCACCGUAGAAGACUUCGUCGAAAGCGCCUACCGCAGAGUCGCAGGGCCUAGCAACGGCAAGUCCUCUGCUUUGUGGAAGAAAAUCAUUGGCUUUGUUUGGGUCCUGGGCUGGAUGUCGUGGACAACACCGUCGUGGAGUUACCAGAACAUGAGGCACGAUGGCGAGCCACUGUACCCGUUCAGUGCUUUCGAGAGCUUCCAGGCUCUCACUGCGAAAGCGAGUUAG